GGUGACGUCAUCCACGAGCGCCGGAAGUUAUUCGGUGUUUACUCGUUCAAUCAGAGUUCAUAUACAUGAGAGAAUUUCCACAAACAGGUUCGUUCCAACCGAACGGAUCAUAUCGCGUUUGUAGGUACGGUUUGCUGGCAGGCUAGCUGUGUGUGCGACAACCGCGAGAAGUAAGAGCAGGAGUAGGAUCGUCAGCGGUCGUCACUUCCUUCUUUUGAAAAUCGCGGCAUCAGAAUGGAGUCACAAGUGGCUUCUGAACCGAUGAGUUUGGGCUCCCCCACCUCUCCAAAGCUGACUUCGGGGGCUCAGUUUCUGCCUGGGUUCCUCAUGGGUGACCCGCCUGCUCCAGCCAGCCCACAGCCCCGCCCCUUCAGCCUGACCAUGCCCCUCACAGAGAACACAAGCUCAAAUCAAGGAGGUGGAGGAGGUUCUGCUCUUCAGCCCAUUGUUCCCACUCCAAAGGACAAGAGUGGAGCUCCACCUGUUCGCAGCAUCUAUGAUGACCUGGUGACAGCAGGGACACCCCUCAGUGCUUACAAGCAAUCUUUUCCAGGUGUCCAGUCUCCGCUGUGUGCCCGUCAGGCCUCAACUCCAGGAACAGGUGUGCAGCAGGUGUGUCUGUCUCCAGCUCAGGUGGAUCCUUUCUACAGCCAGGGGGAGUCUCUGUGUUCUGAAGACCAGCUGGACCAGACCUGGGUCACCGUGUUUGGGUUUCCUCCAGCUGCAGCCUCCUACAUACUGAUGCAGUUUGCUCAGUAUGGAAACAUCCUCAAACACAAGAUGGCAUCUCCUGGAAACUGGAUGCAUCUUCAAUACCAGUCUAAGCUGCAGGCCAGGAAAGCCCUGUCUAAAGAUGGGAAGGUGUUUGGUGACUGCAUCAUGGUGGGAGUGAAACCCUGCAUAGACAAGAGCGUGAUGGGAAGCUGUGAAGCUAUCUCUUCUCCUUUGUCCUCCUCUGUCCUCCCCUCCACUCCUCAGUCUGCCAUCAGGCCGCUCAGCGCCUCCUACAGGAGCGUCGCCAGUGACUUUGAGGUGGUAGCAGACAGACAGACUCCCAGAAAAGACGAUAGCUUUGUUUCCAAGGCGAUGGAGUACAUGUUUGGCUGGUGAGGGCAGCAGCUGAUGAGAGCGGUGGAGUUGCAGAAAGCUGGAUUCACUACAGUGUGUGUGUGUAAUGGCAUGUGGAGGAUCUUGUCAUCUGCAUUUGUGACCUGUAUUUUAAUGUUUUGUCUAAAUAAAGUCAUAACUUUA